GCAUGGACUGCCCAUACCUGGGCACCAUCAACAGGCACGUCCUGGACUUUGACUUCGAGAAGCUGUGCUCCAUGACGCUGUCCGGGGACAACGUCUACUGCGACCUGGUGGACGGGAAGUUCUUCCAGGGCCGUGGCAAGGAGACCCCGGCCUACCGGCACGCGCUCGAGAAGGGCCACUACGUUUGGAUGAACUCUGCAGAUGGGAAGGUGUACUGCAUACCUGACGGCUACGAGGUGGUCGAUAAGUCUUUGGAGGACAUCAAGUACAACUUGAGCCCAAGCUUCGACGAGGAGGAGAUUGAGUACAUGUCCACCCGGGUGAGGUAUUCCAAGGCGCUGGACGGUACGGACUACAUCCCCGGCUGCAUUGGUCUGAACAACAUCCAGGAUUCCGACUAUCAGAACGUCAUCAUUCAAAUGCUGUGCACCGUGAUCCCUCUGCGGAACUACUUGCUGGGCUAUCAGCCGCCUACGGAGAAAAAGCCGGACCCUGUCUUGGCGACGGUUUCGCAGCUCUUCCGGAAGAUGUACAACCCCAGGAACUUCAAGGGGGUGGUCUCACCGCACGAGUUCUACCAGGCGGUGGGUCGCGUCACGCAGAAAAAGUUCUACGCAAAGCAGAUGGACCCGGUGGCCUUCUUCAGCUGGCUCAUGGGGUACCUCCACAAGAAGACCAAGGACAAGAAGGGGGAUUCCCUGAUUCACGACGUUUUCCAGGGCGAAGUGCAGGUGAAGCUGUGCCCGGCUCAUGAAGAGUCCCGGAUCACAGAGUCCAAGGAGAAGACCAUCUUCAUGACGCUGGAGCUGCCAGAUGAGCCACUCUUCAAAGAUAACUUGGAUUUCAUCCCCCAGGUGCCUUUGUUCAACCUGCUCGAGAAGUUCAACGGGGAGAAGCCCUUCGAGAAGAUUGCCAAAGGCGGUGAGUCUCGCGAGAUCCGAAGGUAUAGCUUGCGGCGGCUGCCGCCCUAUGUGUGCUGCGUGGUGAAGCGCUUCAGAAACAACAACUUCUUUGUGGAGAAGAACCCCACCAUCGUCACCUUCCCAUUGAAAGGCCUGGACCUCCGGGAUUACAUCCAUCCGGAUUGCCAGCCGGCGAAUCCGGAGACCAAGUAUGACUUGGUGGCCAACGUUUGCCACGACGGAAAGCCUGAGAGAGGAACCUACAAGGUGCAGGUCUUUCAUCAACCGACCUCCCAGUGGUUCGAGAUCCACGACCUGCGAGUCACGCCGGUACUGCCGCAGAUGGUGGCUCUCACUGAGAGCUACAUCCAGAUCUAUCAGCGACAGGAUGUCAAGCCGGACGGCUCUUUCGGCAAGUUCGAUGCUGAGAUCCCGGAUUUGUUGGCGGAGGCGGAGCCCGGCGUCGCGGCAGAGAUCGAGAUGGCCCCCGAGGACUUGGCGGAAGCCGGUAUCAUCAUCGGCUGAGGGUGGCAAGCAGUGUGGCUUUGGACGGGCAGUGGCAAAUGGCCGUUCCGUGGGCUGAGAACACACAUCAUUCAGACAGUUUUCCAGAGGUGUGGAAAGAGGAAAGGGUAUGCGCCGCCUUACCAUUGGUGCCAUGCCUUGUGAUCUAUGCCACACAUCGAUGCCGCUGGGAACGAGUGCAGAAGCUUCGAUGUCUAGAUGUGAGGUAUGAGACCUCUUAGAGCUGCGCGUGCCAGGAGAGGU